AUUAAACUGUCAUUGAGAGAACCGAGCUGUCACGGCUGUCAUGUCACAUGGAGUGAAGAGUUUUGAGAGUUUGCAUCGUUUGCAUUGUUUGCAUGUGCUGCGCUAAAUCCGCUAAAAUCCACUAAAUUAUACAUUCGAUUUGCUCAAAAUUUUCGCAAUUGUCUACCGACGACCGAAGUUUUGCGUAAUCAACAUUUACCCCGGGCAAAAUGCGUCACGCGAAGUUCAUCGCCCGUACAGUAUUGGUACAAAACAACAACGUCGAGGAAGCUUGCCGGGUGCUCAACCGUAUUCUUGGCAAGGAAGAAAUUUUCGACCAGUUCCGCCGGACCCGUUUCUACGAAAAGCCAUUCCAGACCAGACGCCGGGUGAAUUUCGAGAGAUGCAAAGCCAUCUAUAACGAGGAUAUGAACAGGAAAAUCCAGUUCGUGCUACGGAAGAAUCGAGAGGACCCGUUCCCGGGAUGCUCGUAGAAAUCGAUUGGUUUGAGCUUUUUGCUGGAACAAGCGCGUAAUUUAUCAAGAAGAAUUCUUUUGAGAAUAAUUAUCAAUUAUUAUUGAACGCUUGUAUGACAUUGUAAUUAGUAAUUAUGCUUAGAUGAGAUAAGUAAUUUGAACAAGUUGCGAAUAGAACCGAACUAACUAAACACCUUUGUUCAACACACAUGUAUGAAAAUGAUGAUGGAUACAUUCAUGUUUUAGCAAGUUUUAAUUAAAUACAAAUGAGUCGAAUUAAUAUUCUGAGGUGAUCAAAAGCUGAACUUGUGCAACUUUCUUUCAAUGCAAAUGAAUUGAAUCAAGGUGCUUAGACGUUCAAUUCAGGUUUAAGUCGAUCGACUUGGUCGAUUUACUUCAUUUGGCUUGACAUGUUCAAUUUUCAACUGUGUUGAACAAAAGAGUUCAAUAAGAAAGAAAACUUCUCUUGCAACUCCAGCAAUGGCAUGAAUCGCGUACACGAGUUCCCUUCUCUGUUUUAAUCUUAAGAGUAGUAAAAUUAAAUACAACAUUUAACAUUGAA